AUGAAUCACGAAGGUGGGUAUAUGGUUGAAGUUACGGGGCUUACUCCCAAAGCCACGGAGAAGGAUGUUCAUGAUUUUUUUGCCUUCUCCGGCUCUAUUCAGCAUGUUGAAAUCGUCAGGUCUGGUGAUUACGCAUGUACUGCUUAUGUGACAUUCAAAGAUGCAUAUGCCCAGGAGACUGCUGUCCUGCUCAGUGUAAGGCGGUAUAAUCCGGUUUUAUUCCGGUAUUUUCCCGGUAUGGUAGCCUAA